AUGCAGGAGUUGGUGGAAGCCUUCGAAGCCAACAUCAGCCGCGAGUCCAUUCGCAACAUCGUCUCAGAGAUGUUCAGCACUUGCCAUGCUGAGGCCCUAGUCAUGGGCAACGAGACGGCGCAGGACGCGCUGGACUUAGUCAAGAAGCUUGAGACCAGCCUCGGCCUGAAGUGCUGGGUCGCCUGUGCAGUUGACGAUCCUGUGCCUAGGGCGAGGAUUGUCAACGUCACAGGUGCUGCAGCCAACCGGACAGUGCCCACUUGGACUGUGGAGCCUCCCCGACUUCUUUCCUCGUCGGACAAGGUAUAUCACGGCGGAAUUGUGAACGGAGUUCAACUUGAUCCGGCGAGACUGUCGACACUCUUAUCUCCAGAUUUGAACUGGUCCGGUCACGCGCCCGGAAUGAAGGAGGCGGAGUACUAUCAGUGGUUGCCAAACAACGAUGCUGAAUUCGCCCAGAUGGGACACCAUUUGAGGAGGAUGGGCCACAUCGUUGAGCGCUUUCCCAACAAUAUCGCUUCAGGUCUGCGAGGCUCAACUGGCCAAGCUCAGGCUUUCUUGGCAGAGGCGGACACUGGUUCUUCAAGAUCUGCUGAUGGAUGGCAGGGUGAGUCGGUGCCAACUUCAGGGACAUGGGGUGUAGCGCCUGAUAUGACAGAUUGGGCAUUUCAUGCUGACCCAUCAGCUGAUUCUGACACCGACUCUGCUACUUCUUCAGAUAAUGAUGAGCCAAUGCAAACUACAGAUCUGCAGGGAAUGUCUGUCCCACAGAUGGACGAGUACCUGUUUGGCCAGUAUCAAGCAGCAAAGAAGCGGUGGAGACGCUUCACGGGUAAGCCUGUGCGGUCGCUGCGCAGAGUCUUGAAGAGAAAGGGCAAAGGCAAAGGAAAGGGAUUCCGAGGUAGCUACUUGAAUUUGGAUGGGCUGUUGCAGCAGUCCAGCUACUUCAAGGGCAAAGGUCCCCGAACAACCUUUGUAGUGGAACCAACCUCUUCCCUGCACUUUGCAACAGUCGAUGACGGCAGCUGGGAUAACAUCACCACGCCGCGAUCCCAUAUGUCUGUUCCGAACGCUUCAGCCCCUCAGGCUACGCGAGAUCCAUCCACUCAGCAGGUUCCCACUGAAGCCCGUGCUCCUGAAGUGCACGAGUUGUCACCGGAUCCCUGGACUGUGGACCCCGAUCCUUGGACGCAGUGGCUGAGUGAGAAUGCAGCAAGUGCACCACCGCCAGCUGUGCAAGUGCCGACGACUUGGGAUUUUCCUGGGAUGGGGAGUGUUGGUGUCCGUGAGCCGUUCAGUCAAGCUGUGGGCUUGACUCGAGAACCCCCGGCAAGCGCUGCGCAAACGGUCUCUGGACCGCCACCUCUGCCAAUGUGGUUGUAUGAGACCCAUCAAGCUGUGCAUCUUGCACAGACCAACGCUGGGUGGAAUCGCCGCCACUCUGACCCAGAGCCCGAACGGGCAUCUGUGCCAUCAAUCUUCGCGCAGCCAGUUGCAAGCAAUGUGUUGACUGGGUACAGUGCCGCUUCGUUUGUGCCAGGCCAAAUGCCGUUUGGACAUGUAGCCACGCCUGCGCAAGAAGCCCCACGAGUCUCUGAGGCUACAGUGUCAGUGUUCAGCCAAGUUCAUGCCUUGAGGGCCCGCACUUCUGCGAAUCAGAGUGCUUCAAGGGCAAGCGCGGCAGCGCCCACAGCUGCCGCAACUUCGUCAGUUCAGCCUGAACGCCCGUUCCAAGGUAGAGCUGUGUCGUGCACUGUAUGCCUUGAAGAUUUUUCCCCUGGUGAUCAUGUAGGCCGGCUGACAUGCGGCCACACUUUCCAUUGCAUGUGCAUAGGCGAACUGGCCAUGCACAAUCCCGGUGCCGAGGAGGAAGUGCUCAGUGUUGAAUGCCCAAACUGCAGACAGCAGGUUACGCUGGACCAUGCGUGGCAUUACCCUCGUGUGCCUGUCACACCUCCUGAUGCCAGUGAGCCGGCCACGCAGCCUGCCGUUGACCAGCAGGAUGAAGCUGGAACCGCAACACCCCGUGCGUCGAGGGAAAGUACUAGUGAGUUCAGAUCGCCUGAGAGCCAAGGUGCAUAUCCCUGGUGGCCAGUGCCAUCUCUUGAAGCUGCUUCAGGUUCCGACGCAUCUAGUGUGCAAGGCCCGUCAUACCAUACCUCUGUGCAGCUUGCAAGCGGCCGGGUUGGUCUCCUCAUUGACCCCGGCUCUUAUGGCAAUUUGGUUGGUGAAGAGUGGCUAGCAGAUGCAGUCGCUCGCAUGGGCCGCGAUCCCAUGUUGGAAUCGCGCACACAGCCGUUGCAGGUUGGAGGAGUAGGCCGAGGAGCUCAAAUGUGCAACAACAAUUGCAGACUGCCCAUAGCCAUCACCCGUGAUGAUGGUAGUACUGCUUCGGGCACCUUCAGUAGCCCUGUGGUCUCUUCUAGUGGAUGUCCUGCGCUGUUGGGCUUGAGGAGCCUACAAGAGAACCGCGCGAUUCUGGACAUGAGUCGAAACGUGCUGCACUUCGCCGCGCCGGGCGAAAUCACCAUCAAGUUGCCGCCAGGCUCUGAGACCUAUCAGCUUGAAGUUGCGCGCAGUGGCCAUUUGCUUCUUCCUUGUGAUGCCUUCCAGCCCAACGUAGAAGGAAGGUCGGCGGGUGAGCACCAUCUGUUUGCAGAUGAUGCGCAUGCUACCGAAGCCACUGCUCCACCACCCAAGCUUGAAGCCCAGGAGUCCUUUGCACAAUCAGCUUUGCCUACGACCACUGCAGAUGCUGAGGAGCAAGCGUGUGCUAAUGUGCUCGCGCAGUACUCUUGGGAUGCUGCGGUUGCUUUGCUGUUGCGCCUCACCGACGAGUGGAGCGCCCACGCUGCAGCACAGGAUGGAAGGUUCUGUGAACGCCGAGGUGUGUCAAUCAGCUUAGGUGCAUUCGUGCAUGGCGGCCGUGUUGGCACGUCACAAGCCACCGGUCAGCGCCCGCAGCUUGCUAAACUGUUGUGCCGCAUGAUUACUGAAAAGGAACCUCAGGCAACGUUCACCGCCAUACAGAUCCUUCGCGAUGUGGAGUCACCUGUGCAUACUGACAAGUACAACGCUGAUCUAAACGUGUUGCUGCCCCUGAAGCUGCCGCGAUCAGGUGGCAAUCUUUGGCAGGAGUUGCGUGAGGGUGACCAUGUUAGCAGCGCCAUACAGAUUCGGAGUUAUGGUGAGCAGCAGAUUGCAGGAGUGACCGUUCCGUUGCGUGAAGGUUACAGCACUGUGCUGGAUCCUAAGCGCCGCCACGCCACGCAGCCGUGGAAGCAAGGAACUCGGCUUGUCCUGGCCGCCUUCACAGCAGGUAGUUUUCAUAAGCUCCCAGCGUCAGACUGCGCCACUCUGGAAACGCUUGGUUUCCCCUUGCCACUGCAAGCGCAGCCAUGUACGGCAGUGCCUGUGACCAUGAUUGAGCCUCAUCCUUCACCACAAGCUCAAGCACAUCAAGUUGCGUCAGCCACUUGCACAACGCAGGAUCCGCCUCAGCAGUCUCCAGGACCUUCAAGGCCAGUCGUGGCUCCAGUGAAUGCCGCUGUGCAGCGCGAGCCGCGCCAGCGGGAUGGUUCAGGCACGCAGGUCCGGAGAAGCACGCUGUCGUUUGUCAAGCGUGUGCUUCUGAUAACCUUGUAUCACUCCACAUUCACUGCGUUCCUUGAACAAGGCUGGGAGCCGACACGCCUUCGACCCCUGGAGCUGCUGCGAGACAACUUUGAUGAUGUGCUGUUUCGCUUGAAGUCGAAUGAGUACCAAGCACUGUGGAUUGACCUGGCAGAGCCAAAACAUUUCGCAGGUCAUAACCGCAUGAAUCAGGUGUGCGCCCGACUCGGAGUUCUGCUGCAAUGGGCCGAGCGCCUUGAGGUGCCAACUGUGUUUUCGGCCUGCCGGCGAAACGCCUGGCAGCACACUGCUGUCGAGACAUUACUGCAUGAACGUCAUUUUCACAUUAGUUACCACAACUGGUGUGCCUAUGGUGUUAAGGUUGCCCCUGGGAUUGAGGCUAGUGCGGUGAAGCAUAAGAUGCUGUCAUCAGUUCUUCUGCCCAGUGCUGAGUGUGCUUGCCCGAGGGGCACAGAGCACACCUAUGACCUUGAUAUCAACCGUGGGCCCGGUGCCAGUCGUGUGCGAGCUGAGGCCGAAUACCGUGUCAUCAGCUCUGUCGUUUCAUCCCUGAAUGCGUUCGCAUGCCGCGACCGUUCAGGGCCCGCAAAGUUACCUGACCCGUUGUGUACAGUUCCGUCAGCAGGCCAGGAAUCGCUAACGUACGCAUGUGAAUGUUGUGGUCUUUUGCAGACUACAGAGUUUUGUUCGUACUGCGAAGGUGCAUGUGCUGCCCAGCCAAGUCGGACACAAUCCGUUAAGGCAGACAUUGGAGUCAUGCCACCGCAGUCAAUGCCCGAGGCGGAGCCCGGCAAUCCAAGCCAAGCAUUUCCUACUGAGCAAAAGCUUCGUGUUCAAGAGCGGCGAAAGCAAGGCCUUACAACCAUCGUCCGUAAAAAGGCCAAGACAGUGCAGCAGCACUUUGAUGACUGUGGUGACAGCCUUGCCAGCCUUGACAUGUCACCCCAGCAGCCGCAACGAGUUACGUAUCUCAGCACUUGCUUCUCCGAUGAGGACGACGACGAUGCAUAUGACGAUUAUGUUGUGUCAUUGCUGACACCGCAGCUGAAUUCACUUGAGCUGCACAGCCUCAGAGGCGAAUGCUCGCCCUUCCUUUUCUCAGCCGAGGCUGUGGAUGUUGAUGAGAUGAUCUGUAUCUUGAGUGAAGAGCAGUUUGCUUCAUGGGGCCCAGAGGUGUUCGAGGUUUGUGGUGGCACUGCUGAGAGUGCCCGCAUUUGUGCACGCCGGCGUGUCGCAGCCGGCAGGAACUUCGACAUUGUGUGUAGCACAAAUCUCUUGAAAAUCCCCACUCAAGAGAAGAUCCUCAACUACAUCACCGAUGCCAAGCCUUUCGUUGUUGUGAUGUCACCAUGUGUGCCUGUGGACGCAGCCCACGCGCAAACUGCAGAGUUCUGUGGCAGGAUUGCGGCCUUGCAGCAAUCACACAUGAGGUUUUUCUUAUGCGAGCAUCCAUUUCCGUCUGCUGUGUGCGAACAGCAACCGUGGCCAGCCAUCCGUGCAUCUCCUGAAUGCUGUCGUGUAGUGUUGCACCAGUGCCAACUAGGCCACGCUCUGAAUGGACGACCUGUGUUGAAGCCGACUGAAAUGGUCGCAAAUGCCAGGCAACUCCUGUUGCCCUUUGCCAACCUGCAGUGCCCCGGACAGCACAUCCAUGCCAGCACCAGCAGUUAUGCGGUGACGCACGCUGAUGUAUGGCCACCUGAGAUGUGCAAACGAGUUGCAGUGGGCAUCGAGGCACUUGCAGCCCACCUUUCUUGCACCGGGCCACAGCAGCUUGAAGCAUGUUUAGGUCGCGCAUUGCCGCAGCUGCAUCAGGUGUUCCCCUCAGUGCAAGUGGGCACGGAGGAAGGAGCUGGAGAGGAAACGACAACAUCAGAGCCUUGGCGAAAGUGCAAGGGAUGCUUGUGGAGGCUGGAAAAGCAUGAUCCUCUUCACACUCGGGUGCGAGGCAUCUGCAAACAUCCUGAUGUAGAAGAGCUCAAGUUCGAAUGUCCCGGAUGCAAAGCUCGAAAGCAUCGAUCCGAUCCAAUGCAUACAUUUGGGCCUGACUGUCGACAUGUGUGCACGCAAGAGCGUCGGAGUGUGCGCAGGCGCCCCUACGCUAGGGUCCCAGCUGUACGCGAGCCAACUGCUGACCUGCGGGCAUCCAGCCUCGGUCAGGAGGAUGAGCAGCGCAUCGAAGCUGAGGAACUUCAAGAUGCAGUGCCAAUAGAAGGUGAGCAGAGGGAGCCGUCAGAACCUGCUUCCGGCAGUCGUGAUGGUGCCCGACAUGUGCGUGGCCCCGAUCAUGGUCCCCGCCAUAUGCGCACACGUCAGGAAGCAUCAGCGCAAACGCCAGUGCCAGCAGACUGGAGCUCAUUUGAUGUGCAAGCGUCUUUCAGAAGCCUGCGCCAAUCUGAUGAAGCAGGUCGCAGGCGUAUUUUGCGAAAGCUGCACCUUAGGUGGUUUCAUAUCGGCACUGAUAAGAUGCAGAAGCUUCUGAAGUGCGCGGGUCUUGGGAAAGAUGUUUUAGAUCUGGUGCCAUCCAUUGUGGACACGUGCAGGGUCUGUCAACAUUGGGCAAGACCGGGCACUGAGUCCAAGACUAGCGGUCGUAUGGUUCUCGGGUUCAACAUUGAGGUUGAAGGCGAUCUUAUGUUCUGCCGCCUAAAUGGCCAGCAGCACAUUGUGAUGGUGCUCGUUGACCGUGGAGUCCGCUGGACCUGCACUGCUGUAGUCGAGAAUAAGACUACCCCGUGCUUGUUGAAUGCGCUUGAUACAGCAUGGAUUGCAGUCUUCGGCCCAAUGGGUGUUUUGAUUUGGGACGGCGAAACGGGGCUAGAUGAUGAUGAAUCUACCACGUUCUUUCAGCUGCGUGGCAUCACGAAGCGAACUGCCGCACCGAAUCAACACACUAGAAUAGCCGAUCGUAAGAUUGCGGUUCUUCGGGAUACGGUUCAUAAGCUUAAUACCCAGCUAGUUGGCGACGGAGUCAAUGUGCCAUUUGUGCGAGUUGUCGCAGAGGCGACGUUUGCACUCAACGCCCUCACGAGCGUGAAUGGCAUGUCGCCUUACACUGCUGUUUUAGGUCGUGUGCCUGCAAUGCUUCCCUGUGACGACAGCCUGUUGUCUGACCAUACCGGGAGCGAGCCAUCCAAGCACUCAUUCCGGUUGCGUGAGUUGGCAGUUCAAGCCAUUGCUGAAGGCACCGCCCGCGAGCGGCUGAAGAGAGCAUUGCACUCCCAGGCCAAGCCAUCUGCGUUGGCUGAUCUUGACUACCGUGCAGGUGAGGUUGUUGAUUACUGGCGAGAGCCUCUGAACAAGGAUGUGUCAGGUUGGCGUGGGCCAGCAACGAUAGUCGACUUGACUCGCCUAGAGCACGGACGCAUAGGCAUCCGCACAAAUACUGAUCAGAUGCUCACAUGCAGAGUGCAGGAUGUCAGACGCAGUCUUGUGUACUUGACAGUGCCGCUAAGCUGUUUCUUCAGUUUUCCUGAUUCCAUCGAGUCCCCAAGUCACUCUGCAAAUCAAGCGCAGAUGUAUGUCCAAGCUUUCGUGGACAGUCUGACACCCGGGACGGUCAUCACACUUGGGCAGGUCAAGACCGCGGAAGGUCAGUGGGUUGUCACACCACAGACUGUCCAACACCGCUCGGUGCAUGAUGCAGCGAUGUUCAUAGCGGAGACUGUGUUCCAGUUGACAAAUGUCGCAUGCGUCCGGGUUGCAAAAGCAGUGCGAGCGCUGACUGCCCGCAAUGAGUUCAAUAACUCCAUGCUUUUGUGGUGGACCUCGGACGGCAGUCGUCAAAUCAGCUUCCUGCACAGUGAGGCUUCAAAGCUUGCUCUGCCCAAUGUGAUCGGUCAGAACUGGACGGAUGCACGACUGGUGCAAAUGCUGUGUCUUCCUGAUGAAGAGGGCUGGGUCACGGCACGCAGGUGGUCGGAACCAGCCCCUGCAACGAAUGCCGAGCCUGCAGGUGGCGAGUCCCCAGAGUCAGUGCAUGAACGAUUGUCCACAAUCCCUGAAGGGUCCAACGAGUCCAGUCCGAGUCUUGUGUCUUGGACCCAACUGUGUGACACCUUCGGUGAUGCCAUUACUGAAGAAGAUCGUGUGCAUUUGACCGAAGCGUACCUCGCAAGUGCGAGCGAGGAGGCGCCAGGAGGAGGCCACCAGCACGCCUGUAGCGAGUCUAUUCCAGACUUGACGUCGUGGGUUCAAAGCACCGACAUGUGUGAGGCUGAGAUCCCUGCCUGGGCAGAUGCUUCCAAUCCGGAGCAGACCCAGCACUUCCUGAACGAGGAGUUCAGUGAAGUCCUUAGCUCCUGCAAUUGCGAUGCCAACGACUACACUGCUCUUGAUGCCGACGACACAGGUGUUUUUGUUGCCAUUGAGGUGUAUGGUAGCGAAUGUAAAUACCUUGAAGGGCUGCCUCGACAGCCCAUGGCAGAUGAGCAUGCAGAGCUACGUUUUUACGAGGCUCACACCAGGAAGGUAGUGAUCGAAAGAUCAGAUGAUUUGCUGACGCAAGAUGAAAUCAGGCUUCACGCACCCGAAGUCACGCAGGCAAUCAUUGACGAACUGAAAACAUGGCAGGGGUUCAAGUGCUUCAAGAGACGCCCCAGAGCUGAAGCACCCUGUGUGAUUGAUGUUCGUUGGGUUUUCAAGUGGAAGUUUGUCAAGGAAGUGAGGAAGAUCCGAGCCCGCUUGUGCCUUCGGGGUUUUAAGGAGUCUGGUUCUGAUGAUCAGUCGAAUUACUCUGCAACGGCCACGCGCUUCAGUCAGAGAGCGCUAGUGUCAGAGUGCGUUCUCCGUGGAUGGGUGCUUGCCUCAUCAGACGUUCCAAAGGCUUUCUUGCAAGGCGUGAGCUAUGACGAGUUAGCUCAGGCCACCAACCGGCCGAAGCGUGAUGUGAGUUUUGACUUGACUGGUGAAGCUCUUCAUUGCCUACGGCAGAUGCCAGAGUUCAAGGGGUUUGAUCCAAGGCAUGAAGUGUUGCACUGCCUUAAGCCGGGAACUGGCUGCCGUGAUGCGCCAAAGUGUUUUUCGUUGAAGCUGCGAAAAGCCACGUCGGAGUAUGGCUUUGUCAGCUCCACCGUUGAUCCGGAGCUAGAGCUGCUGUUCAAAGCCGGUGAGCUGCUGAUGGCGAUUCUGAAACAUGUCGAUGAUCUGAAGAUGAUCGGCCCUAAGGGAGAGAUCAUUAGAUUCGUUGACUACCUGUCUGGCAUCUUCGGGAAGCUGGACAUUGAGUUCCAUAAGUUCACGUUUUGUGGAGUAGCUCAUGAGCAACACGACGACGGCAGCGUCAGUUUGGAUCAAACAAAGUUUCUGGCAGCUUGUAAGCCGAUGAUUGCCCCGAAGCUAGCACCAACAGAGGAGCUACCAGAGGACAUACGGCGUCACUUCUUGAGUUUGCUGAUGACCAUUGCAUAUUCACUGAUCACUCGCCCGGACAUUGCAGUGAUUGUGACAGCGCUUCAGCGCGAGUCUCACAAGGCACUGUACGUGCAUGUGACCCGUAUCAACACGUUGUUGAAAUGGGCUCAGGCCAAUCCACGAAAGAUCACAUAUCCGGUGAUGCGUGACUACCCGGACGCGUUAGUGCAGAUAUCUGAUUCCUCGUACCGUGCCAAGGCUGAGGACGGGUUGUCAGUCAGAGGUCUGGUGAGCGUCAGGGCCUGUCUUAAGGACAUCGAUGCCGGGUGCAAACAGACAGAAUGUCACAUGAUCGACUUCGUCUCAAAAGCUCAACGGCAUGUUACCCGAUCAACCUUCAGCGCCGAGUUGUUUGCAGCCACUGAUGCGACAGACAGUGGCCUACUGCACACCAUUGUCUUACAUGAGCUCAAGCAUGGAGUGCUGAGUUCCGGCGAUGCGCGCUUGAUGAUUGAAGGAAGCAAGCCUUGUUCAGUGCACCUUUGCCUCGUGGUCGAUGCAAAGUCAGUGAGUUCAGCAGCGACAGCACCAAACCUACGCAUACCAGCUGAGCCAUCCUUGUUGCUUCAUGUGAACUGGGUACGUUCGCUUCUGAUGCGUGGUAGACUGCACCGCUUGUUCUGGUGCGACACUCGAGUGAUGAUUGCAGAUGCCAUGACUAAAGGAGCAGUUACACGAGCCCUGGUUACAGCAGCGAUGCGUGGCUUACUGGAAAUGUCCAUACCGUACAGUCGCCAAGAGAUCGGUUGA